GCCAGUCUGCUGCUGUUUGAGGCUCGGACAGUAUCCUUCUGUUUCACAUUACAAUGAUAAAAGGCUCCGCUCUGCCUCACAGCUGUUCUUUACAUCGACUCUUCAGCUCUGCGUUGAUGUUUUCCGUUCGUCUUUAACUGUGCUGAUGACUGUAACGUAGCCAUGAACAUUUCCAGGUGGACUUUAAUCUCUACCUGGUGACAGAACCUCAGAAUUUUUAUUUCUGUCACCACCUCAUCAGGCGAUCCUCACACUCCCUAAAACACUGUCAGCCAUGUUGGAUGAGUCUGAAUAACGUGCAGCUGUGGAGGGGGGUCUCCGGAUGUUCUGAGCUCCCAUUGACAGACUACUAUGUUUGUGCUAGAAUGAGAAACUGAGCAGGAGACGGCGAACAGAAGAGAGAGUGACGGGGCCGCAGCGCUUUGUUGGUAACAGAGAAGAAGAGCCGUCCAAUCGGGAAGCAGGAGCAUGACCAGCCUGUUCAGGCGCAGCAGCAGCAAUGGCGGCUCCAGGAGCAGCGGAGGGGGCAGUGGGGGGCAGGGCCAGCUCAACAACAGCAGGCCCAACAGGCAGGUCCGGCGGCUGGAGUUCAACCAGGCCAUGGAGGACUUCAAGACAAUGUUCCCCUCCAUGGACUACGAAGUGAUCGAGUGCGUGCUGCGCUCCAACAACGGCGCAGUGGAUGCCACCAUCGAUCAGCUUCUGCAGAUGAGCAUCGACGGACAUGGAUCUGAUGACAGCUCAGACUCAGAUGACAGCAUCCCAGCAGAGAUUCUAGAUCGAACACUGGAACCCGAUAGUUCAGACGAGGAACCACCUCCGGUCUACUCUCCGCCAGCGUAUGACAUGCACAUUUAUGACAGGAAGUACCCAGAAGCCCCGCCCACACCCCCGCCCAGAUUUGAAGCCGAACCUCCACCAGGUCACCAGCAGGUCAGAAGCUACCGGAACUGGAACCCUCCUUUACUUGGAAACCUCCCUGAUGAUUUUCUUAGGAUCCUGCCACAACAGCUCGACAGUAUUAAGAGCUCUCAGAGCAGUCUCUCUCAGCCUUCAUCCUCCUCCUCCUCCUCAGUUUCUUCAGUAAGCCAAUGGACAGCAGGGUCAGGUUCUCUGUCUGGAGCUGCAGGAACCACCGGAGGUCCAGGUCUGAACUCAGGAGCUACAGAACAAGACAAGAAGCUAAAGCAGUAUUUGGAGGACGAACGCAUAGCCCUGUUUCUUCAAAACGAGGAGUUCAUGAGAGAACUGCAACGCAACCGCGAGUUCCUCAUCGCCUUAGAAAGAGAUCGCUUGAAGUAUGAGUCAAAGAAAUCAAAGUCCAAUCAUUCAUCUAGCAUGGAGGGUUCUUCAGGAGAACAGUACUCCGCAGCUUCAAUGGAGGCCGUCUCUGAUGACGCCAUGUUCAGGGACAAACUCAAACACAUGGGCAAAUCCACCAGAAAGAAGCUGUUUGAAAUUGCCAAAACGUUCUCAGAGAAGACGAAGAGGAGAAAGUCCAAAAGGAGGACGCUUUUGAAGCACCAUUCAUUGGGCACUGCCAACUCUACAGCCAACCUCCUGGAUGAUGUUGAGGGAAACCCUUGUGAAGAAGAUGGUCAGCCCAGAAGAGCCAAAACUCAGGAAGAGAAUGAACAACGUAACGAGCCAUUAUCAUGAUCCUCUCCUGCUGCACCAUAUCAGGGUUACCAUGGCGACAGCAGCAUGACCCAUGGGUGGUGGCCUUGCAGCUCUUCCUGUCCUCCCCUCUCUUCCCUGACCAGCCAGCGUAAGGCUCCCCUCCCCCCUGCCCCCUCCCUGGGAGAGGCCGUGGACUGUUCCCAGCACUGUAAAUGCAUAAUCUCUGUAUGAUAACACUCUGUUAUAUAUAAUUUUAAUGUAAAUGCAUUAGUCCUGACCAGUAUUUGUUUAUAACGGCUUCCUUUAGACAGAGAGGUGCACUGGUGUAGUGGUGAACCUGGUUAACCUCUCAGUAGCAGACUGUGAGGCUCUGAUUGGCUCCCUCAGGCCGGGCAGCUCAGAGUGCACACGCCCCUUUAUAUACACUAAACCAUGUAGAGCUUUUAUACCAUGUUUUCUAAUAAUCAGAUUGUAAUAUUUUGCUCUUUUUGAACGUCAGGGGUUGUGUAACUGAAAUUCUUAUAAUGUGUCAGAACUUUGUGGCCGUUAAAGCCGUGGCUGCACAAACAUGAUAACCAGCUGUUCACAUUUAAGCGAGCACUGAUUCCACUGAAGUUUGAGUUGUGUGGACGGGUGAGAACAAAUCUAAUGUUGUUAUUGUAGAGCGGCACAGGUGAACCAGUAGAAAUGGUGACCAGAUUAAACAAUCUAAACAUGGCCUGCAUUAUAAAUCCUUAAUGCAUUAAGCCGCUCACCCUAGUGUGCUUUGUGCAGCAUUUUCAAAAAAGACAUGUUCAGAUUUUUCUUAAAUAUUCUGUUUUUUCCCCUCAAAUAUGAUGAAAAGCUCUUAGCAUGUUGCCCCUUUUUAUCCCAAAGUUGCCCACCCAAAAUGCUUUAAACUCGCCAUUUAUUUGUCCCUGCACAGUCUAAAUAAUUCUGCACAAGACAAAUGUUGGAAUAAGACAUAGAAUUUUUUUUAAAUCUUACAAAUCUUGCCCAUAACUGGAUGGACAAAUAUUCUAAACUGAUGGGUCAUUUUCAAAGGAUAUUUUCAUUAAUAGAGAGUAAUUGAUUUACAUAGGAUUGACAUCAGUAACAACACAUCACUAGAGGUCUAUGAUUAUUAAAGUCCUGUGUAAAGAAAAGGUUUCAUUUUAAAGUGAGAUUAAAAGAAUCUUGAAAAAUUUUAAGUAAACAAAUAGUCUAAAACGUAUUCAAAUAAAAUCUUCACUUCAGGUGUUUGCAUGGAUAAGUGUAAGUUAACUUCAGUGCUGCAAGAAAGCAGUGUUUGAAUGAGGUGUAUGUAUGUAAAAUCUUUGGAUGUUAUAACUGUGUCCAUUCUUUCAGAACAAUCAACCACAUGAAAAUAAUGACAGGUUUUAUUGAUCUGCCGUUUGUUUUUACAAACGGCAGAUCGACAGGGUUGUCAUGAUUCCAGAUUUUUAUGAAUUUCAAGAGUAAAGCCGGAAAACUUAAUAAUCUAAAAGUUAGGAUAAGUCAAAACUUUUUACUUCAACCAGUAUUUGUCUUGUAGUAUGAGGAUUAAUAAUCCAAGUGAGUUAAGACCAAAAAGUGAAGUGCAAGAAUUAAAAGGGGAGAAAAGUUAAUAUGUUUGAAAAUUAGAAAAAAAGUACAGCAAAGGAGGAAUGUUAACAGUUUGUGUGACUGACUAUGUAGGGCCUUAAGACGAGCAAUUAAAUAUUAAAACAUUGCUUAAUAUCAGUCUGGGUUGUCAAGAUGUAAGGAUUCUAAACUGUAACAAAAAUGAUUCUACAAAAUAUCAGAAGAUGUUACCUUUUUAGGUAUUAAAAAAACAAGAGUAGAAGCCCUAGACAUCCAAUAUUGGUUAAUUUCUUAUUUUUGAUUGAUAGAAAUUGCAGACAAACAUCUGCAGAUGUAUACUUUCCUAUCAAAAAAUACCAAAGCUUCAUGAAAGGAUCAUCUUUUUUUUAGACAUUUGUAUUGGAGAGGAAUGAGUCCAUCAAUAAUUGUAGGCAAAAUCUUGUGUACACUAUCGAAACUGCACAAAUUGCCACUUUUGUUUACCUCCCAGGGCUGAUGACUGUAAAAGUAUUGUGGAAGCUGCACCGUACCGUCAAUUUGAAGAAAAAGCUACAGACAAACCAAAAAUAAAUCUCACAAUAAACAAAUGCAACCCAAUAUUAAUGAGAUUUAAACCAGCAAAAGGCUGAUUAAUCAAAAUACAUUUGGACAGUAUUUCUGUUUCAAAUUAACAGUGUUAAAGUUGCUCUCAAAGAAAAUAAGGGAAAACAGAUAAAUACAAGCUCAAAAUAUGGAGAUAAUUUUAACUACAUACUCAGUACAGAUAUACUGCACAAAAUAUAUGGGACUACAAUAAGAAAUGAGAAAUAGGAUCAUAAAUUGCUCUGCAAUAAUCACAAAUUAACAAGAGGCUGUCAGGUUAUGCUCAUUCUGUGAAAACAGCCUAAAUUUCAAAAUAUUUUAGGUCAGUUGGCCAUAAAAAACCUUUUUUUGCAUAAAACUUCCUCAGACACAUACUGACUGUUUGCACAAGAAAACAAUAUGUUUCUAACCUGACACACCAGAUGGAUUUGUUUCACACAUCCAUCUGGGAAAGCUUCAAUAGGAAACAUUUGAGAAAAGGCAGAGGCUUUGAAAAAUCCUUGGAAUAUGAUUGGGUGAAUGUUCUGUCUGUCAGAUCUCUACGGGCCAAUCAGAGCAACAAAGCACGUGACGUCACCACUAUUGAGCUGCUUGUGCGCAGCUACUGAGGAAUAACGCAAAACAUGGCGACUAUAGACAUGAAGGUACUCGACUUUUGUCGUUUUUUAAAAAAAAACAACAACUCACUGCUGUUCUUUGUUCUUCUUUUAA